GCCCAAUGGGAAGGAUUAACGGGACGAAUUGUCUUUAACAAAACCAGUGGUUUACGGACAGAUUUUGAUUUGGACAUCAUCAGCCUCAAAGAAGAUGGUCUGGAAAAGGUUGGAGCGUGGAGCCCGUCUGAGGGUUUGAACAUCACAGAAAUUUCCAAAGGACGGGGGCCUAACGUCACGGACUCGCUGAGCAACAGAUCUCUAAUUGUCACCACUGUCCUGGAAGAGCCCUUUGUCAUGUUCCGCAAGUCCGACACGGCGCUGUUCGGGAACGACCGCUUCGAGGGCUACUGCAUCGACCUCCUGAAGGAGCUGGCCAUCAUCCUGGGCUUCACCUACGAGAUCCGGCUGGUGGAGGACGGGAAAUAUGGGGCACAGGACGAGAAGGGGCAGUGGAACGGCAUGAUCAAGGAGCUCAUCGACCACAAAGCCGACCUGGCGGUUGCUCCUCUCACCAUCACCCACGUUCGGGAGAAAGCCAUCGACUUCUCCAAGCCCUUCAUGACGCUGGGGGUCAGCAUCUUGUACCGGAAGCCCAACGGGACCAACCCCAGCGUGUUCUCCUUCCUCAACCCCCUGUCUCCCGACAUCUGGAUGUACAUCCUCCUCGCCUACCUGGGGGUCAGCUGCGUGCUCUUUGUCAUCGCCAGGUUCAGCCCGUACGAGUGGUACGAUGCUCACCCCUGCAACCCAGGGUCAGACGUCGUGGAGAACAACUUCACCCUAUUGAACAGCUUCUGGUUCGGGAUGGGAGCGCUGAUGCAGCAAGGCUCUGAGCUGAUGCCCAAAGCACUGUCUACACGGAUCAUCGGUGGCAUAUGGUGGUUCUUCACCCUAAUUAUCAUCUCGUCCUACACGGCCAACCUUGCCGCCUUCCUGACGGUGGAGAGGAUGGAAUCCCCCAUCGACUCGGCAGAUGACUUGGCAAAGCAGACAAAAAUAGAGUACGGAGCCGUGAAGGAUGGAGCGACCAUGACCUUCUUCAAGAAAUCAAAAAUUUCCACGUUUGAGAAAAUGUGGGCUUUCAUGAGCAGCAAACCCACAGCUCUUGUUAAAAACAACGAGGAAGGGAUCCAGCGAACCCUCACAGCCGACUACGCCCUGCUGAUGGAGUCAACCACCAUCGAAUACAUCACCCAGAGGAACUGCAACCUCACCCAGAUCGGGGGGCUCAUCGACUCCAAAGGCUACGGCAUCGGCACUCCCAUGGGGUCACCGUACAGGGACAAGAUCACCAUCGCCAUCCUGCAGCUGCAGGAGGAGGACAAGCUGCACGUGAUGAAGGAGAAGUGGUGGCGAGGGAACGGCUGCCCUGAGGAUGAGAACAAGGAGGCCAAAAAGAACAUCGGCGGGAUUUUCAUCGUUCUGGCCGCAGGCUUGGUGCUGUCCGUCUUCGUGGCCAUGGUGGAGUUCAUCUACAAGCUGCGCAAAACAGCCGAGCGCGAGCAGCGCUCCUUCUGCAGCGCCGUGGCCGACGAGAUCCGGCUGUCGCUCACCUGCCAGCGGCGGGUCAAACACAAGCCCCAGCCACCCGUCAUGGUGAAGACGGACGCCGUGAUCAAUAUGCACACGUUCAACGACCGACGGCUGCCGGGGAAGGACAACAUGACCUGCAACACCGGACUGACACCCGUGUUUCCCUAGGGAACGGGAACGGGGGGGCGGGAGGGAAGGAACUGCAGCAGACGAGGCUGGAUGCACUCUUAACUGGGGAAGAAAGGAUUAAAAAACAAG